AUGAAAGUCUCUCAAGAGGAUUUGGAAAACACUGCCUUAUGUAUGGAGCAAAAAGGUAUUCCUAUAUUCUUUUUCAUUGUCCCUUUUUUUAUGAAUUAAGAGGCAACAGUGUGGAUGGCAUUCACAGAUCAUUUUGUUAUUUCACAUAUCAAUACACGAGUCGAACCUCCAUGUGCGACUAUCUCUCGUAAGCGACCACCUCCCAUAUGCGACCACUCGAUGAAAAUAUUUCCAGUCAAAGCCUUAUAAUAAGAACCUCUCAUAAGCAACCGCGACCACCUCUUGGCCCGACGGUUUUAUAGAUUUUCAUUGUAAGCCACCACUUGACUUGACACAUGGUGUGGUCUCUUUGCUCGCUCUUUGUACCACACUACUCAGAGUAUAUAAAACUUCUAGUGACAACAUGGAACUACACGUAUGCGAAACUUACAAACUACAAGUAAUAAAUUUUCUGGCAAAGAGUAAUGAGUCGAGACUUCCUCGAAAAAGACAUCUUUAGUUUGAUCCUUGUAAACGACCACCUUCCGUAAACGACCACUAAAUCUUCGCCUUUUGAGUGGUCGCUUACGGGAGGUUUGACUGUAUUCUAACUCAUUUUCAGAUUCAUCUCCCGAGGAGCCAAUCAACAUUGAUGGCUUUGUGUCUCCAACAAGCCCCACAAGUCCGCUGCAUGGCUGGGAUCCAAUGAAGGAAGAUUUUCUUUCUUCUAAAAAUACCUAUGCUGUAAACCCAGAUGAUCUGGACAUUGCAUUUCAAGGAUACCGUAUGUAUUAAAGAAAAGCGCGCGAAGCACCAUUUUUAGCAUGGCGAGCGAAGUCUUCCACGCUGCCGUUUUUCGUCUUGUCACGUAACACUUCUUCCCAAGGAUCCUUUGGAGAGGAGUGUUGCGUGGCGAGACGUAGACAGCUCUCCUCACGCAACGUUUUUCCCAAAAUUCCUUCCGGGAGAAGCGUUGCGUGACUAACCCAGGAACUGCUCUGAGGAGGACUGACAGUUGGGAAUAUGGGGCCAGGGCUUGUGCAAAGUCUUGAAUUCUUGAAAAAGUCUUCAAUUUUGCCCAGCAAUUUUCCAGACAUGGAAAAAGUCUUUAAAUAGAGAUAAAGUCUGGAGUUUCAUGAGUUUUCCAAGGUCUCUAUUGAUCACCUAUUUGUUAACCCUGAAUCUGGAAAAAUAUAGUGUUGUUUUGGAUAAAGUUUUGCAUUUUGGAUCAAAAAAUCUGUACGAACCGUGUAGGGGCUCAGUUAGAUUUAGACUGGAGUCACAUUAUCUGUUAGAUUCCAAUAUUGUAUUAAAAAAAAAAAACGAUUACUCCAACCAGAAUUGAAGCAUUUAUUUAUUCACUCAUUCAUUCUAUUUGUUUUGUUUGUUCGUUUGUUUGUCUUUCGCCAGCACACUCACCGAUUCUCCGAGUACCUUUUUGUUGGGAGUGAGGGGUUGAAUUUUUUUUUAUCAAUUAGCCGAUAUCAAAUAUCAGACCCUGCUGUCACGUAGUACUUGUGGUCUCCAAUAUUAAUUUAUGUACUUAUGGAUCGUUUCUUAAUAUUUGUUUUCACUUUAGAGGAUUUGAGCAGAAGAGUAUGCCGUUACUUUCGCACUCGCUCGGGUUGUUGGCGAGGCGACCAGUGCCCUAAUCUACAUGUGAAGAAAGGUAGACAAGCUACUGAGACUAUAAUUCUUUUAUUACAAAUCACUGUGAAGAGCGAAUGAGAUAAAUUCGCCGUUUGGAAUGGUUACUGGCAACACAAAAUCAACCUUGGAUGGGCUGGGUGUGUAUGUGGGUGCUGGGGGAGUUACGAAGACCUCUUAAGAUACGGUAUGCAUAUACAUGUUCUAAGUAUUGUCCCUUAACAAUAGACUAUUGUUAUUAAACAAUAGUUGAUCUUUGUGUUCUACCUUACCCUGGGUACCCGGUGGAGGAAUUUUUUUUUCUCGCGUGCGGCGGACGCUUCGGGUCUGACACAUCUUAAUUUGAUGGACGAAGAUACGAGCGUCGACGCCGCGAGGAAAAAAAAAAAUGACUACAGAAUUGUAGGAUAAUCAUGAGCUUAGUGUGGCUGGUUGCCAAUGAUAACACCUAUCGUUUAAAAGUAAUGGCGUCGAAGGAAAUAAGGUAGAGCCCCUAGCGCGCUGUCGGCUAUCCAUUCCAAGUCCUCUCACGCUUUCUUCUUGCUCAUGAAACCUCCUGCGAGCGUCAUGUUCUUUAUAGUUCACGCUGAAUCGUUUUACCAUCUGUAAAUAACUAAUAGGAAUUACGUCCUUUUUUUGUAUUAUACUAUUAUAGUAUCUCCUUUGCGUUUCUAACAGGUGAGGAUUUACAUGAAAUGGUGGAAGUGUUUUGUGACAAUAUGGACUCGUCUGUCACGCUACCGGACAUCGGCACGUGGGUAGCAGUUCGAGUCACGGCAGUCUUCAAUCCGGGACAUUUUUGGGUACAAUUUCCGUAUGGUACUGAACCAAUAGAAAAGAGUAUUAUGGCAGGUAAGCCGCCAGACAGACGACUUCUUUCUUAUGUGAUGUGCUUCUAAUUUUUGAGUCUGUAGAUAUUCUCCUUCAGUCAACUGAAGUACACCCCAUCAAAUAAGCUACUGAAUAAUGAUUUCUACACCCUUCAAUAUCCACAUAAUUCUCCGCACGUAUUUCCGUAUAUUUCCUUAAAUAAUUAGUCGAGAGAAUUUGAUAAAACAUCAAAGUAUUUUUCUUAUGCAAGGAGAAAAUUAAUGUUGGUCACUUUUGAGAUAUCCCAGUCGUCCUUCUCCUCCCCUCUCAAAAAAAGUUUAAACGAUCCAGACGAAUACUAUACAAACCAGGCUUAUGAAUGAAACUCUUAAGCGUGAAAGCUAGAGAUUAGUAUGUAUCUCCCUAUAAAUGUGUUUGUCUGUUUCUUCUUUCCCCAGUUUUUCUAAUCUACCGUAGAAGUCCGAAAAUAAGCCCCGGGGCUUAUAUUUUUCAAAGGCCCUUUUUGAGGGGCUUAUUUUUAGAGGGGCUUGUAUUCGGAGGGGCUUAUCGAUGGAGGGCAAUUUGCAUUUCAAAAUUGAUUGGGCUAGCAUUAUAGUUAGAAGGAAAUUUACCGUUUUUGCUUAUUUUGUAUUUGAGGGCAAUUUCCAAGUACAAGCCCCUGGGGGGCUUAUAUUUGGAGGGGCGAUUUGACGGAGGGUGUUUUUGCGUUAUGAGUUUGUUGGGCUUAUAUUUGGAGGGGCGUAUACAUGGAGGGACAUAUUUUCGGAAUUUUACGGUACUCUGCAUCUAUUAUGUUUACUUAUCUCCUUUUAAGCGAGGACGCGUCACCGACUUAAUUCUGAUUCAGAGGACGAGCAGGAGAAACCAGAGGAAGACCUCAAUACUCUGAUGGACAAAAUGGGGUACAGAAUCUCUAAAUGAUAUAACUUCAUGUGCAUUUUAGAGGUGACACGGUUUACCGCGCUACGAGAUUCACUGCGGUAUAAGGGGCCAUUUGCACGAUGAUGUCAUUUUANUUUUGUAUUUGAGGGCAAUUUCCAAGUACAAGCCCCUGGGGGGCUUAUAUUUGGAGGGGCGAUUUGACGGAGGGUGUUUUUGCGUUAUGAGUUUGUUGGGCUUAUAUUUGGAGGGGCGUAUACAUGGAGGGACAUAUUUUCGGAAUUUUACGGUACUCUGCAUCUAUUAUGUUUACUUAUCUCCUUUUAAGCGAGGACGCGUCACCGACUUAAUUCUGAUUCAGAGGACGAGCAGGAGAAACCAGAGGAAGACCUCAAUACUCUGAUGGACAAAAUGGGGUACAGAAUCUCUAAAUGAUAUAACUUCAUGUGCAUUUUAGAGGUGACACGGUUUACCGCGCUACGAGAUUCACUGCGGUAUAAGGGGCCAUUUGCACGAUGAUGUCAUUUUACUACUACGACCAGAAUCCUUUAGGAGUUUUGCUUUCUUGUGCAAAUUAAGGUUUUUAUUAUUUAAACGGCCCUUGGAUGACCAAAUUUAAAUAUGAAUGAAAACAAAAGGAUUCUGGUCGUAGAAGUAAAAUGACGCCAUAGUGCAAAUGGCCUAUUUCACUUCGGUUUGGUGCGGAAUUUUUCACUCUUGAAACUUAAUGUGUUUCAUUUUAUUCAAUAAUUCAUUUUAAGGUUGUAUUUGAGACUGAGUGGUGUUUUGUCGAAUUGCAUUAUGGGAUUGUUUUGACACGCAAAUUUUGACCCAGUAUCCUUUGCAACCUCUUAACAGCCAAUCAAAGAGGUGGAAGUGUCCCUAAAGCUGCCCUAUACAGCAAUUCUAUACAGCACCGAAGCAAACUCUCGCUUAACCUAAAAGACGACCCAUUGUUUUAAGGGGAAAAAAUAAUUAUUAAUAUAUUAGCGAAGAAAGAGUGGCUUUAUUAUGUCAUGAUGACAUUUAGAGUAAACGAGGUUUCAAAUAUUUUCUCUGGCUCCAACAUUAAACAGGGACGCCAGUUACAAGGUCGCCGCCAUCUACCAGGACGUUUUGUCACUUGAUUCACAGUAUAAAUCACGUGACAAACCGUCCAACUCCAUCACGUGAAAAAGAUUCCACGAUGGAAUGAAAAGCUCGUGUAUGCUAAUAAGUUUUUCUAUCCUGGGAUUUGAAUUCUUGUUUACUCUAAACUAUUAAAGUGUUGUUGUUUUAGCCCGUCUUGGACUUCUUUUUUUCCUCCUUUUUUUUUUUUAAUAAUGUGUUUGGUACAUUCUGACCGCGGCUGGCGCGCUUCUCUACUACUUAGAAAAGUGAACUGUUCAACUUCCAUUCUUUUUGCAGGAAGUUUUAUUCUCGUAACGUUUGUCAGGAUCCCAGACGCAUCCUGCCUGCGGCUGGCGAACUGUGCGCCGCUAAAUACUCCAAAGACAACAAAUGGUACAGAGCGCGAAUCACGAGCGUGCGGGAGGAUGAGCUACAGGUAGGACAACAAGAACAACAACAAUCUUUGUUUGUACUCACUCUUGCUCAAAAAUAAAUUAUGACAAUGACAAUAUUAAAAGUAAAAAUUAGAGUACUGGCUGCCUGGAAUAACCAUGGGGGCUACCGGAGCCAGGCAGCCAGUUGACAUCAGCAUAAAAUAAAAUAAAAUUAGAGGUCGGCAAGAAAACUGAAGCACAAAUGCACACAUAAAAACAAAAAGAAAAAAAAAGGGAGAAGAGGAAAAACGCUAUUUCUACGCUAUCAAGGAAGUCUAAAAUAGUUAAAUUUAUGCAUGAAUACAAAACAUUCAUGUAAGAAUAACUUGAAAAAGUGACAGAGUUUAACAAAAGACUAAUUUACAGGUAAUUUGGGAAACAACACAACUGCUAGUAAGAAUACAAGUAACUAAUAAUCUUUGACAAGAUUACUUUUUACUGGGAUUAACAAUUAUGGAGCCACCGGACACUUGAAGUGUUUUAAUGUUUAAAUCGACUUUCCUUUAAGACCAGGGCCGAGUUGUUCAAAGCUGGGUUAAGAUAACCCAGGGUUAGUGCGAGAUUUGAAUUCAGAUUUGAAAGCGUAAAAAGCAUUUCAGUUUUAAUUCUUUUUGUCUACAAAUUGAUGAUUGGAAGCUCUAAAAAUAGCACAGAAAAUUAUCCGAGAAAAUGCUUUCAAACACAAUAAAAAGAAAUCCGGGUUAAAUUUAACCCCGGGUUAAGCGCUAAUCGGCUUUCGAACAACUGGGCCCAGGAGGACAAAAGGCGGGUUAAGGAGGCAGUACUUAUUAAGAAUGGGGAUGGGGGCCUGAAUCCACUACUUGUAUAAGUCGCGUUGGAAAAGUCACGUGGGUGAUUGUCACGUGACUGAUAAAGCAAGAUCACGCGCUUGAGGAAGACUUCGAAAUAACGGUGAUAUUUUUUGCUUCUCGAAUAUUUUUGCUCCGAGUUCGUACUUAAACUAUUUACUUAUGUGCUUUCUGACUGUUUACGAUAUCCUUAUUUUCUGCGCGGUCCCUAAGAUUGAUUGCCGAGUUGGAUUGAACGCCAUUUUGAGUUUCAUGUGACGAGAGAAGACUGGGUAGAAUACAAGGACAGCUUGUAUUCGUCCAAGAGGGCGGACUCUCGAAGUUAACGAUCGCAUGGAAAUAUGGGAGACUGAACAGUCGCUUUGCUUUGUAUCCACUCACGGACAUCCGGGUAUUAUUAUCCUAGCAUCCUGGUAUUACAUUAAACCUUGGUGCCAAGGGUCUAUUGUUACAUCCCGAUAGUACAAACUCUUACCAUUUCUUUCGAGCCCAAACUCUUUCUCUUGCACCUCGGUCUACAAAGUAACUACCCUUGAUUUUUUUUUUUUUUAAUGCCGUUGUUCGCUUAAAAUCAGCGUUCAAAUUCAAAAUUUGAGAACAACUUACAACAUCUGCAAUCCCGAGCUUUGUUCUUAAAUCUGUAAAGUUGCUCACACCUGGCUUAAAAAAAAUAAACAAACAGACAAAAAGACGAAAUUAACUUAGACAUAAUCCUGGUCUGAAUAGCCUUUUCCCACACCAAAUAGCGGGUGGUACUAUUCUUCGCUGACUUGUUAACACAGGUAUUUGAUGCCAGCUUUAAUAACUUCUGCGAAGGAGAAACACGGUCAUUGUUGCGAUAGGUGAUGAAUUUUGUUUAUUUUCUCGCGUUUUUACUUAAUACCUUCAAAUGCGAAGCAUUUGCUGGAAAUAUUUCUUUGAAUCCUUCAUCGUGGACUUUUCGACAAUUUGCUGGGUGGAACUUUAAAGACAUCCUAAAUGAUUCGUGUGUUUACAGCAGUGAUCAAUUAGAUGAAACAAAGCCCCACAAUACAACAAUGAAGGAACUGAAUGGAAAAAAUAUGACGGUAUUCAGGGAGAGGGGAGAUGUUUUGACGCUAUUAGAACGAUAUAUUCUCACAAGUAAAACUAGUUCAGGUCUAUUUAUGGAUUCCAGCGGUGGUGGUGGUCUUCACGAACUUCACCUUAUAACAAGUGCGACCUCCAUCCCUCGCCAAACAGAUCUACCAAGGGGGGGACCUUAUAUGGAAGCGUUACCUUGUCCGCACCUGUUUAGUUUCACCUAAUAUAAAAAGCUCCCUGGGGCUUGGUGUCAUGAUCCCGACACGUGCUACGAACGCUCUAACACAGAGCUUGGCUCGUCUAAAUGUUUCCCCCGGUAUCUUCGUCUCGAAGGUUUGCUCUCUAAUCGGGCCUGUCACAAUCCUGAUUUCUAUACCUGGACGUCUGUGUUUAUUCGUUACUGUGACGGAGCUUCUUUCACCGGAGAUCGCGCCCACCCUCUCGAAGUCAACAACAGAAAGCUCUAUUUCCGAGGGCGACGAAUACUUGACGCAGUUCUUGACGAGUUUUUACGAAGAGGAAUCAAUCACGCUUCCGAGAUCAUCGUGGGCGGUCGCUCAGCCGGCGCUCUUACGGCGAUGAUACACUCCGAUUACAUUCGAAAGCGUUUUCAACGCGCAACAAACGCUUCUUUCCGUGUGCUUUCAGACGCGGGAUUCUUCGUGGAUGCACCAUCUCUUAAUGGAAGCGAAAUAAUUCAGUCCGUAUUUCGUCAGGCGUAUUCGUUGCAUAAUUCUUCUAUGAGUUUUAACCGCGGCUGUGUUCGCGCGCAAAAGUGGAAACAAGAAUGGCGAUGCUUUUUCCCGCAGUAUUUGAUUCCCUUUCUCUCGUCACCGAUUUUUCUAGUUAAUUCCUUGUACGAUUUAUGGCAGAUCGCCUUCUUGUCUAAUGUUCCUUGCGUUCUAAAACUGGACACUUGUAACACCUCGGAGUUAUCAUACAUUAUGAGUUUUCGUGAUAAAACGUUACAAGCUUUGCGCUCAGUUUUCAACGCAGACGCAACAGCAGUUUUUGCUGAUGCAUGUUUUGUUCACACUCAAACUGUUAUGAAUGAUUUAUGGACCAAUAUUCGGGUACGUAACAUUACAAUGGCACAAGCAUUCGUUGACUGGUAUGACGGAGAUGUCUUAAAUAGAUUUGGAAUUGACGAUCCUUAUCCCAGUAAUCCUUCGUGUCCCAAAGAUUAUCACAUAUAAUUAUCAACAAUAAAACCUGCUUCAUAAAUUUAUAGUGUAUACUGUUGCUGUGAAACUUUCCACCCAUACUAGGGGCCCUUUUUUCGAGAGUUAAACCUGUCUUUUCAAGAGUGAACAAAACCAGGGGGUAAUAAAAAUUUAGCGAAAUUUAGCCCUUAGUUAUAAACACGCGCGACAGAAUCAGGGAACAAAGAAAUUCCGUUAAAACAACUUCUGCUCUGGAGCCACAAAGCAGAUUUAUUUGGAAGAGGGUCUCAAUGGGGUUAACCGAUAGGGGUAAAACGACCAAAAAUUUAGUCGAUAGCCGUAAAAACUGAAAAAUUUUAACCGUUAGCCGUAAAUAGGGUAACAAAGAGUUAACCGUAAAAGAAAUUGCUCCCUAGGUUUGCUACUUUUAGGGAAGGUACUAAACUCACUUAAGGUUGCCUUUUUCCAAUCCCCGGCUAGUGUGACUCGCACGUUAGGCGAAGCGCCUUUUAGGUGUUGACAAAGACCUAAGCUCCAUUUCCGCCGCUCCCUCGGGGAACUAAUUUUUUUCCAUAGCGAAAGUGUGGCUUCCUGCUGGGGAUUAAUAUUGGCGAUUUUCAGGAAGUCGUGCCCUCGAAAUACAAGCGAAACAACACGCAGCGAUGUCACUGUUUGUAAAACACGUUGCCGAUAAACAACAUUUCCCUGUUUUUCUCUGACGCUAUGGUAGACAUUGCCAUGCCUAGUCCCUGUGCGGCGUCUUCCCACGCAAUUUCGGUCAGACAUUUCGGUGGCGAACUCGCUCGGACCACGUGAUCCGAAACGCAUUAGCCGCGCGGAAUAAUGAGGCCGUUUUCACACUAGAGCUAGAAAUGGAUUAUCCGUCUGAGACUAGCCUGUGUACAGUCCCCCAGCACGUUUAAUGAAGCCAUGAUGAGACCUGUGUGUCUAUGAAUGCAUGGCGUAUGUGUCUUAUAUAGUCACUUGGGCAAGACCGCUGUAAAUAGUUUGGCUGACAAUAUAAAACUAUUAGUUCACCAAAAAAAAGACUUAUGUUAGCUAGAACCCAAACGUUUAUGGUUGAGAUUUUUCCGGGAAUAGAAAAAAAGAGAGAGAGAAAAAAACCCCCCGGGUCUGUCCAGAAACGGGCCCCUAGUUUGGGGGCGCGCGGGGUUGCGAUAUUUUAAAUCUUCAGUAGUUUGCAUGGGAUCCAAAGUGACUAUUUCAAUGGUUUAUGCUUUUAAUUAGCACAACGCAUUACUUUGUUGUUUGUUGCUGUUGUUGUUUCUUUGUUUGUUUGUUUUUCAAUUUGUUUUAAUCAAAAUUACCUUUCUUCAUCAGGUCUUUUUCGUGGACUAUGGAAAUUCAGAGUGGACACGUGAAAAUCACGUGAAGCGUAUGCUCCCGCAUUUUCUGCAUCUUCCAUUUCAAGCGCUUGAAUGUUUCCUUGGAAACGUGGAGCCCACCUACAAUCAUCAAAAAAAUGGAAAGAAACUCGACUGGUCUGAAGACGCUAUGUGAGUGAAUGUGCUAGUCUUAUAACUACAUUCUUCGUCAAAACUAUUAAACAGUUGUGAAAAACAGUUCACAUCCGUACACCUCUUAUUGCAUGGUGCUUGAGUAAAACGGUAAUUGACAUUUAUAUACAUGUAUAUGUAGUUAAAGAAAGAAUAUUAUUCAUGAGUGUGCCUCUAUAUUGUAUAUUAAUUAAUUAAUUUAUAUAUUUCUAUUAUUAUAUUUUUUCAGGAAAACAUUUUCAUCUCUCACCGAGGACAAGACGCUCAUUGCGCACGUUCUCUCUAAGUAAGUCCGUAGGGCAAACGGCAGGGGUAUUUUGCAGAACGCCGAACGGCCACCGAACAGCGAAUGACUUUGACGUUUAGUGAUUAGGGUCAGGAAACUGAGUGAAUGAAGCCUUGGUCAUAUUUGUCCCUAAAUGGAACCCUGAUUCAUUCAAUUUCCUAACCCUCAUCACUAAACUUCAGAGUCAUUGAGCUUUUGGCGGCCAUUCGGCGUUCUAGAAAAUACCCCUUCUGCCGCGCCAAUAGUAAAUCUUGAAUGUAGUCGGUCUGAAAAGGGUGUGAGAACUACGAACACAGGGCAUCACGAAUGCCUGUCAUCUGUAGAGUUCUCCUUUUCUGCACACAAGCUCAGUAUCUGAGGGUCUAAAACAGGUUGCUCAGGUAAGGGCGAAGAACUUGAGGGACGGGGAAAGGGGUUAUGCAACGAGGAUAUUGUUGUUUUAGGUAAAUUCUGUGCUAAGUCAUUACUUAGUACCUUUACCCAUACAGAAAAUGCUCCUGUAAAGUUCAUAUGUGUACGGUCACGUGAUUACCAAAUUUUCUAGGAUGCGUAGAUUUACUUCGCUAUGGGGCUUCGCACGCGCGUGGAGCUCAGCUGUAAAGAAGGUAUCACACAAAUUUCGUCAGGGAAUGCAGUGUACUAACCAAAAAAUUUAUUUGGUGAUUUUUGCAGGCAUAGUAGCCAACUUUUUCAAGUUUCAAUAUAUGUGCAUCCUUGCCAUCCGAAGCGACAAACGACAGGAAACAGUUUCAAUGCCUAAAUAUACUCUGAAAUAACAAAAUUGGACCAUUAUUUUUAAAAUUCAAUUGACGCGAAGACAAGUUUUAGCUCAUUUGAAUUUCCCAAUAUUUAAGAAGCAGCGUGCAAAGAAAGUCGUGUCCCAUAACCCACGGGCUAGUGGAUUUUGCUAUCGGGCUAGUCAAUUAUAUUGCACGACUGGCAACUGAAGUUUUUGGGGGAAAUUCUAAUUACAGAAGAGCUUUUAUCAAUCCCGAUCAACAAAAUAUUUGUUUCUAGGUAAAAAAUAAUCUCUUUCAAUGUCACUGUAUUUAGCACGAAGGUACUAAUUGGGGACACUAUUUUUUACGUCUCCUACUGGAGACGGGACUACCAUUUCACGUGGUCAUCCGAGCCACGCGAAGGUCCAGCCGUUUGCAGGGCAAAGGGAGUACCUUAGUUCAUUUCUCAGUUAUUUUAAGACCCUGAGUGUUGGUCCGGUCCCGGGAAUCGACCCCGCGAUCUCCCGCUUAGCAGUCAAGCGCUCCACCGACUGAGCUAAUCCCGCCGCAAGUUAAAACGAACUAAUUCAAACGACCUUUGGGCUAGUACAUGGUAACUACAGCUUGCCUAAAUGGCAAGCUGUAAAACUGGCUUUGUAUGCACCCGGAAUAAGUACAUAAUUUCAAACUGGCCUUGCUCUUUUAGGGCGUGGAAUCAGACCGUUUAUGUUGAUCUUUGGGACACAGAAGGCGAUGAAGAAAUUCACAUCAACAAAGUGUUGAUCGAGAAAGGAUUCGCUCACGAAACUGACCACACCGUGAGCAAUCCCUGGAAUAUCGAGGCAUCCUUUGAAGUCAACCCACACAAGACAGUCGGACUUCCGGGGUGA